GCUGGCGGCCUGCGGCCUGGCCUAAGCCUAAUUGGGGCGCACGUCCCCCGUCUGUCGUGCGCGCCACUACCCCACCUGGCCACCUCAGCUCCACGCCUCCACCACACCAGCUCCCCUUCGUUUAUUCGUAACGGCUCGUCGUCCCCGAGCCUCCCUUUUGUCUCCCGCGGUCCCGCCCCAUUCGCUCUCUGUCGCUCCCGCGCGCGCGCAGCUGUCCGGCUCCGGCCCCGGCGCCGGAUACGCGCGCGUGCCCGUGUUCAGUUGAGGCGGUUGCAACCGCGUGUCGCCGCAACCGCCAUGCCUCCACCGCCAGCUCAUCCCUCUUCGCGCCAGGACCAACGACGCCGCUUCCCCCGCUUCCUGGCCUCCUAGCUGACCUUCCUUCCCUGCAUCCUCAUCCUCCUGCGAAGGUUCUAACUUAGCGCGGAGGCCGCCGGCUCCGGGCGAUGGGCGGCCUCUGCUCCAAGGAGGGCGUCGUGGAGGCGCCGCCCCCCGCGCCCCGCCACCCCGUGUCGCAGCUGCAGAAGGCGUCGAGUCAGUCCCUGAAGCAGCUCAUCACGCUCACCGCCAAGGAGGAGGAGAACGCCGUCGCCGCCCGGACGGAAUCCAACGCCAAGGUCAACGGCGGUAUCGGCAUCGGCGCGCCCGCGCCGGCCAAAGGGUCCGUGGAGAAGACCGCGCCUCCCGUCGUGGUCAUCACGUCCCUCAGCAAGUCCUACAGCACCGCCGGGGCGCCCACGCACCACCGGUGCGUCACGGUGGACGUCGGCGGGAGCAACACCCCGGCGGCCGCGGACUGCGGCGAGCAGGUGAUCUCCAGCGUGCCGCAGGGGUUCUCCGGCGAGCACGUCAUCGCCGGGUGGCCCUCCUGGCUCACGUCCGUGGCCGGGGAGAUCGUCGAGGGCUGGCUGCCCCGGCGCGCCGACACGUUCGAGCGGCUGGACAAGAUCGGGCAGGGCACGUACAGCAACGUGUACAAGGCGCGGGACCUGCAGAGCGGCAAGAUCGUGGCGCUGAAGCGGGUGCGCUUCGUCAACAUGGACCCGGACAGCGUGCGGUUCAUGGCGCGGGAGAUCCACAUCCUCCGGCGGCUGGACCACCCCAACGUGAUCAGGCUGGAGGGCAUCGUCACCUCGCGCCUCUCGCACAGCCUCUACCUCGUCUUCGAGUACAUGGAGCACGACCUCGCCGGCCUCGCCGCGCUGUCCGGCCAGCGCUUCACGGAGCCGCAGGUCAAGUGCCUCAUGCGCCAGAUCCUCGAGGGCCUGAGCCACUGCCACGCGCGGAGCGUCCUGCACCGGGAUAUCAAGGGCUCCAACCUCCUCAUCGACGACAACGGCCUGCUCCGGAUCGCCGACUUCGGGCUCGCCACCUUCUUCGACCCUGGCAAGCGGCAGCCCAUGACCAGCCGCGUCGUCACGCUCUGGUACCGCCCGCCGGAGCUCCUGCUCGGCGCAACCGAGUACGGCGUCGCCGUAGACCUGUGGAGCACCGGCUGCAUCCUUGCCGAGCUGCUCGCGGGCAAGCCCAUCAUGCCCGGCCAGACCGAGAUCGAGCAGCUGCACAAGAUCUUCAAGCUUUGUGGCUCGCCGUCCGAGGACUACUGGGCCAAGGCGAAGCUACCGGACGUGACGCUCUUCAAGCCGCAGCGGCCGUACCGGCGCAAGAUCGCCGAGACGUUCAAGGACUUCCCGCCCUCGGCCCUGGCGCUCCUGGACACGCUGCUCGCCAUCGAGCCGUCGGCACGGGGCACGGUGGCCUCUGCUCUGGACAGCGAGUUCUUCAGGACCAAGCCGCUGGCGUGUGAUCCGGCGAGCCUGCCCAAGUACCCGCCGUGCAAGGAGUACGACGCCAAGCUCCGAGGCCAGGAGGUCAGCAGGCAAAACGCAGCGGGCCUCGGAGGCAAGGGCUCUGUAUCCGUCAAACCGGGGAGAGACGACGCCAAGGGCGCCGCGCCAGCUCAGGACGCCAUUGCCGACUACCAGCGGAGGCACAGGCAGGCGCGCGCCAACCAGAAGAGCACCAGCCACCACUACAGCUCGCAGGAGGACAGCGUGCCGGGCUUCCGCAUCGAGCCGCCGCCACCGGGCAUGGCCGUGGCCGCGGCCGCGCGCGGGCCGGCGACGCUGCAGGCCGGCGGGUUCGGGUCGACGUGGUACAGGAGCGACCCUCGGGCGGUCCCCCGCGCGUCCAGCUCCGUCAGGGCGGCCGCGUCGCACCUCACCUCGCAGCGGUCCUACGCGCAGUCCAGGGGCACCGACCUGCACCCGAGCUCGUCGGCCGCCAGCGCCAGCAACGCCAACCCCAGGUACAAUCGGCUCGACGUCGCGGAGCCGGCCAGCGGCGUGGGCCGCCCCGGCUCCUCCUCCCACCAGAAGGACUUCGGCAUGAGGGACGCGUCCGCCGGUUUCGGAGGGAGGAACAAGAGGAUGCAUUACUCGGGGCCGCUGGUGCCGCCCGGCGGCAACAUGGAUGACAUGCUCAAGGAGCACGAGAGGCAGAUCCAGCAGGCCGUGCGCAAGGCGCGGGUCGAGAAGGAGAAGACCAACAGGCACCAUUACUAAACGAUGAGGGAAAAAAAACAAUUGGCAUCAAGUAAGCGAAUGAAUCCCAUGGUCUCAGACCACCAGAGCAUUCGUUACCUCUCCAUGGAAAUGGAAUGGAACAGGGGCCGCGAGACCAUCGGUGACCGCAGCCUUGCGCUCGGGGCAGCUACGCUACGGCUCGGGCUCGGGCUUUUCUUGGUCCAUCGGAGAGGCAGCAUGACACUGAUAGGGAGGAUACUGUAAAGACACCCCAAAAGGAAAUGUGUUCGACUUUAACAGCGUAGUUAUCAUAGCUCCAGGCUUACAAGGUUUGCAAGAUUCAGAACAAACUCUGCAUGCGCCAAACGUGUAGUGUAGCAGAAUAGUUGCAAAAUGCUGGUCAAACAGUGCGCGUAGACGUCGGUGGCCGCCAGCAGAGUUCAGAACACAAGUCUAUAUGUUCAGUGAGGACUGGAACCCAUCACAAAAUCUUCCAAAAUCACAACAAAAUAAGAACCACUAAUGUUUUACCAAACCCAUUAGCGGCAUCUGAGAAGUGCAAGAGUCCGCUGCCUUCCUUGAAUUUGACAGACAAUUCAAUUAAACUAAACAAGUCGUGCAA